GGGAAAUAUAAUUUUAAAAUUCCAGUCCGGGACAACCGGACAAGCAGCAUGCCUCAAUUUCUCUUUUUCUCCCACGCGCUGCUCGUUUCUUCUCGUCCGAGUGUCCCGUCGGCCAGUUCACGGUUCCACGAUGGCGCGAUCACUGUCUGUGUCUCGAACCCUAACCCGACUCUCCCACUGCUCUAUCCUCACCUCCAACUCCCCACCCCCUCCCUCCUCCCUUCUCUUCAACCUCCGCCGUUGCUCUGAUCACGCCAAUGCCGACUCUUUCGUAGCGCUGCGGCAGCUGGAGGACGCCGUUCACCGGGUCGUCGCAAGGAGAUCCGCCCCCGAUUGGCUUCCCUUUGUCCCCGGCGCUUCCUACUGGGUGCCUCCUCCCCCGACGCCAUCCUCCCAAGCCCUCGCCGAUCUCAUCUCAAAAUUGGAUAACACCUUGACUAAAGAGAGGGCCAAGUCUCUCACCACUGUCAGAGGUUGGCCUUCUUCGUCUUAUUUCGACGAAGGUGCAUCUCCUCAUCCAGUGGAGCUAGAACUAGCCUCCAAUAACAAAUCCCACUCUGAAGAUGAGGAAGGAUAAAGCCUGCCUCUGAUAAAACCAGCAUCUGGGGCUCAUCAAUGUUUGUAAAUUUUAUGUAGAGAAAGUGGGAGUAGAUUUCUUCAUACUGAGGUAAUGGCUUUUAACGUGAGAGGAGCUGUACAGAUGCAGAAGUCUGCCGAGUGUUUGUAUCUUCAAGUUAUUAAAUAGAUCUUUGUGUGCUAAGCAAUAAAUAAAUAAAUAGAUCUUUGUGCCAAAAA